AUGGAACCUACGCGAGAGGAGCGGCAGCAAAUGCGGCAGCGUGGAGCUGGGACGCGCAAAGCAAAGGAAGUCAAUUUCGGAUUCUCCUUCGGUGGUCUUGCAUCUGAACCAUCAGCGACCGCGCCGUUUCCUAUCGUACCUGAGCCUCGACCACAAACGCAACCCGCGACGACACCACCAUUACCCAAGGUAUCAACCCAGGGCGAGAAGGAGAAUGCGCGUACACCAGGAAGCGCGCGUAACAGACUUCCCGAGCGACCUUCGACAUACGACAUACCAUCAGACGAUGGACCUGAACAAACGCGAAGCAACAAACGGAGGAAGAUCAAUCCAAUCGAAGGGGUACAGGAUACUCCAACUCGGCGAAACAGGGCGCAACCCACGAAUAGCGACUCCCAAGCCGCUGAUAACAGCGCAGGUGGCACAGAGAGGCAACCCAGCAAUGCAUCUCCAAGUACCGACGUGACUACACAAGCAAAGCCCACAACAGAACCUCAGCCUCAAAUAUCACCUAUUCCGGAGCCCUCUGUUGACGAUCAGCGCCCAGUGACCGAGCCCUCAAGUGCUAAUAGGGUGGAACCGGUGAUCCCAGCCGAUAAGGAGCAGCCUGCUCAGAAUGAUACAUCAGCCAAUGGCGCCACACAGGCCGUAGUGGCAGAAGGCACUCAAAAGCAAACUGCACCACCCAAAGCAUCCUCAUCUAAGGCUCAAUCUGGGCCCAUGCAGCCAGACAAAAUGAAGACACCACGUGAAAGACGACACAGGAGUCAAUCACCAAUAAACUCUUCGAAACAGGCUCAAGGAGACAGCAGAAAUAAACGAGGCACUACAGAACCUGCUUCUCCGGUGGUACACUUUGCAGAGAAAUCUACAACAAAUCUCCCAAGCAACGUAUCAACGGAGCCUGCCGGGGCCACUGAUAUUGCUGAUAAUGGUGCUGAGGCAGCUGAAAAUAUCCCAGAAACCACGGGAAUUGCAUCAGAACAAGACACGCCAGUAUUUACCGAGCCUCUCCAGACGACAAAGAAGGCGCGAGGCCGGCCGCGCAAGUCCACUGUGUCUCAAUUACCAGAAACUACGACUAAUACAGAACAAGAACAUGCGCCUGAAACACAAGCUGAACCGACAGCAGUACAGGCUGAGACAUCAUCAAAAUCAAAACUGCGCCGUGGAAGGCCGUCUCUCAAUGGCAAGACAAAGGUUGUUGAGUUCGAGAGAGUCUCAAGUGAGUCUCCUCCAGCACAGGCUGAGGCAUCUACACAGCCCAAACGGCCCCGGGGCAGACCAUCUCUCAUUGGGAAGACCAGAGUUGCUGGUGGCAACAGGGCUUCGCCUGAGCUCGUGCCAGAUGCUGUGGAGGUGGAAAAUCCAAUCUCCAAACCGCAACGCGGCAGACCUAAGAAGGCCAACCGUGAAGCUGAGCCCGAGCCUGAAGCUGAGGCAGAACAACCAGAAGCGGAUGAGCCUGUAGAAACUGCAGUUCCCAAGCCACAACGCGGCAGACCUAGCAAGAAAGGAAAACGCCCGGCGGAGCCUGAGCCUGAGCCAGCCGACCCUGAACCCACCACAGAAGACCAACCAAGUCCUGAGACUGUACCCACAUCCAAACCACGCGGCAGGCCUGCAAAGAAGGCGAAGCGUCCAGUUGAGCAUGGGGCAGAUUCAGAAGCUGAUGCAGAGCAAGAGCAACCCACAGCUGAGCCUACCGAGCAACCUCGCCGAAAGACUCGUGAGCCUCGAGGAGAGAGCUUCCCUGUCACUGUUCAUCGUCUCGCCAAUGCCGUUGCUCUGGGCGGUAGGGUCGCUGCCGCAACUGAUUCUGGAGACGAACAAGACUCCGCCGAUGAGCUAUCAUCACGCCAGCGAACCAAGGUUCCUAACCGCGGUGGUGUCAAUCCUGCCGACGUAUUGGGCCAGAUCUGCCGUGAAUCUCUCGAGAAGACCCUCAACACGCUCAAAGAUGGCAUUGCCAAUGAGGCGAAUGUUACACGACGAGCAGAGUGGACACGCAAGAAAAAAGUCGUCGAGGCCUUCGGGUUGGAACUCGAGAAUCGUCUUAUGGAUCUAAGCGAGAUGCUGGAUAGUAACUUUGUUCUCGGCGUGCAAUUGAAGAAAGCCAAGAAGGAAAUGAUGGAGCUACGCAGUCAUCUCUACCGAGUCAAAAAGGAACGAGAGCAUGUGGCUUUGCAGAUGGACGCAGUGCGCGGCAAACACAUUGACGAGGAGAAAGCCAAAUUGUCACGAACCACCAUCAACAACUCCCUUCACAGCCUCGAACUCGCCCUCGAGCGUAACAAGAGCCGCACCGCAGCCGUCGAAACCACUUCUGCAGAUCUCGAAUUCAUGCUCCGCACCGUCGCCGACGUGAGUGCGCGAGCCCCAGGAGCCCAAGGCGGACUCCUGAGCCAAAUACGGGCGUUUAAUGCACAGCUCGAAGCUACUGCAAGCCGCCUCGAGCGAUGA